AUGGUUGGUAGUGCUGAAGCUGUAUUAGGGCUACCCAACUCCUCAAUGUACUACGCUGUCGGGCUAUCGGUCGGUGGCGGUAUAACACCUGAUGCUGGGCUUGUCACCCUGGCAUCCGGCAGAUGGGAAGAUGGAGCUGCUGGAGUUGGGCCUGAGAAGUAUCGACCAGUCAUGGCCUGCACUGGUCUUCAUGACCAGACGGAUGCUGAGCCGACUAGACGAAUGGGCUGCAUGCUGAGGGAGGAAGGGAUGGGAAGCGGAUGCAGGGACCCAAACGAGUGGACGGUUCGAGAUACAGUUGAAGAUGGCCAGCAAGCUGAUAAAAGUCUGCUGCCCACCUCCACACAGGCUAGACGCUGCCACCUCUACUACGACGUGCGUAACGCUACCGCCUCUGAGGUUUCUGUAGAUCAAAUGCUACCAUAUGCAUCUUCUCCCAGAUGGCGGCCACGCUCACCCGAUCUGACAACUGCUCCAGCCUCAUUGAUGAUGCUGCCUCGGUCAAAGUCACAACUGAUCGCGACAUCUUCCCGGCCAACCUUCAACGUGGAAAUAUUCCCAAGAGAUGCGAAUUUGCAAUUGUCGCAACAAGAGCCUCAUAUUAAGGAAGAUUCUUCAUUUGGCCUCCUGCAAACGAAAGUCUUGGGGCGGCCAGGAAUUGUAGCCUUCCGGCCGAUUGACUUGGAGAUUGGUAGCGAAGGCAACGAUCUCGAACUGGACGGUGAAGAGGAUGAUAAUCAAGUCUAUGAUCCAGCGAAUGCGGGUGUGGCCAUAGAUAACACCAAUAAACUCGACACCAACAGUCGAUCACUAUUGCUGCUGACACAACUACCAGGUCAGACACCUUUGCAAUCAGAGGUCUAUAGACUUCCUGGCGAGAAGCCUCUGAUCACGCAAAAGGGCUUCGAGUUUCAAACGGAUGACACGACAUCAUCCACAAACGUCACUUCCAGCUCGAUUAUUCGGAGCGGCAAUCCGCCAGAAGAGAGACACAAGCCCACAAAGUAUGUACAAGCUGCCUACCGAGAGGCGAGCUUCGUCUAG